UCACCACUAGGGAGCGCGCAUGACGAGCAUAGGAACAGCUAGCAACCCAUGGCUGACACGGAAGAGGAAAACCUCCAGAGUCAAGUGAGUGUGGGCAACGUGUCUCAUGGCUGAGCUGUGACUCCAGGCACAGAGUACUGUCUGAGAACAAUAAUUAAUACAGAGAUUUAUACUGUCUGAGUAAUGGCUGUAUUACAGGGGACCAUAACUACUAUAGUGAUUUGGUUUAAUAUAACAGUAGAUCAGUGACUGCACUGCUUCAUUUAUUAAUUAAAAGUGUGGUACCUGAUUAACUCCUUUAUUGGUCAAUAAGAUCUGCAGUUAAAAUGCAGACAUGCUAUUAUUGCUUAGCUCCCAGAUAGGCUGGGGGGGGGCUGUCUCUGCACUGGCCCCUUUUGUAACCCCGCUGCCCUAUUCCAAAAUCACAGUGGUUUUAUAUAAUAUAUAAUGUAAAAUGUGAGCCAAAUUGAGUGGCUACAUUUAACCCUUUAACUACCAUGCUGUUGCAGUUUAUAGUCCAAAGCAUCAUAUUCUAUUGGUUUAUAUGGUAACUGCUCCACUAUUACUAUUUAGCUCCAGAUUUAACCCCUUAAGGACCAAACUUCUGGAAUAAAAUGGAAUCAUGACAUGUCACACAUGUCAUGUGUCCUUAAGGGGUUAAUCACUACACCUAAUUCCCUUAGUGUUGAUGAGACCCAAAGCUACAAAAGUUACAAUAACGCAAUCUGAACCUGCCAUGUUUGUGUUUAAAUACAAAAUAUGCAAAAAACUAAAAUAAACUACAACGACCUUUUAAAGAUAUUACUGCAUUCACACAACAGACAAAACAAAUUGUUGUACUUGCAAGGAAUUGCAUGUUGCAAAUCUCAUCACCGUUACAAAACAACAAAGAAAGCUUUGAGAUUUUGUAUUGAUUUAAGCCUUUAAACCUACCAGGGUGUGCAGACUUAGGAUCUCUAUCCUCUGUAGAUCAACCAUGACACCAACUGCAAAUAGACAGUGGAUUCCAGUAACAUAGCAAAACACAACCAAUGUGUUGCAUUAACCUGUUACAGUUUUAUUUAGUUUAUAUAGUUGUGUUCUUUAAACAUUCACUGAAUAUAUCUGAAAUUAUUAAGGAACUUUUACAGGUCCAACCUAAUGAUUAUGUUGUAUUUCGCAUUUUAUCAUUUAUACAGAGUUUCAGAAUUUAGUUUUAAAUGAAAUCUUCCAAUUUAGCUAAAUACUGUAUGUAAUGUAUUCACUUACAUAUCGUACGCUAUAUGAUACACGCUGCAUACCUUUUAACUCCGUCAUUUGCUUUGUUUGUAAAUUUCAGAUUGAUGAGAUUGAAGCCUUGUCGUCCAUAUAUGGAGAUGAUUGGUGUGUAAUUGAUGAAGCUGCACGAAUAUUUUGUAUCAAAGUAUCUGAUUCUACAGAUGACCCCAAAUGGAUCAUUUGCUUGCAGGUAAAAUAUAAUUGUCUUCAUAAAUACAAAUAAAAACACAUUUUCUUAGCUUGGAUUAUACUGUUACAUUUGGCUGCAGUGGUUUUCAGAUUCUCUGCUGGGCACCAGCGAUAUCUUUUAUUUUACAGUUUUUAAUGGUUUGACAAAAAAUCCAGGCACUCCACUUACAUGUCACACCACCGACACAGGUUACCUAUAACACACAAUGGGACCUGGUAAAAGCCUUCUGGCAUUGAGUUUAUUCUCCAGCUUGAUUUCUGCUUAUGAUAGCAAUGGGUCUACCCAAAAUGUAAUCUUUCAAUGUAAUAGCGUUCACAACCUUUACAGGAAGGGUAUUCCAAGUGUCUUCAAGUCUUUCUGUUAAUGCAUAUUUAUUCCCAAUGUCCAUUUAUGUAAUUUAUAUUUUUAUUGCAAAUAGCACUUCCUUGUACCUUCUGAAAUCUUACAUAUCUUGUUUUUAUUAUGCCAGUCCUGUGCAUUCUCUGUAUGUACAUAUAUGUAUAUAUAUAUCUAUAUUUCAUUCAUUCUUCUUCAGUUAAGUAAACUUUAUAGCAUUCCAGCUCGUUUUCUCUAUGUAUUUUAUAGUGAACUUUCUCCAGUGCCUUUUAAUCUUUUCAUGAGGAUUAGGUCUCCAAAACCAGACCGGAUAUUUUAGGGGUGAUGGGAACAGAGGAAUCUGUAAGAGUGGGCACAUUAUGUAAGGUGAUUUAUUAAAGAGCUUGGUUAUAUUUUCCUACUAAUAAUCCAUUUUCCCUUACACCAAAGUAUUUUACUAGACAUUUACUUCCUGUUUAGUCACAUUGCUCGCUUGCUGAAAAGCUGAUUAAUCUAAAAUCCCCAGGAUAUUUUAUUCUCCUGUUUCAGUAUAAUUCUGCAUUCCAUUCUAAGUAUGAGUCUUUGAGUUUUUCUGCCAAAAUCUUUAUUCUUCAAUUUCCUGCAUUUUCUGUCUCCCCUACUCCAGGCAUCCCUUUAAUGAUAAAUGACUUAGCACACAUGAACAUUAUGUUCUAAAGGGAUUUGUGUAACUUGUACUCCUGAAAGGGUUAAAUCAUUUCUGCUCUGUAUUAAGUACAUGUUAAUAAAAUGGGUAAAGUAUUACAUUAAACAUGCAUGGCCCAAACUGCUUUAUCUUGCUUAUGGUAGGACCUAGUUUCUUCUCCCCCUAUUAUAAUAGUACUAUUACUACUACUACUAUUAUAGUAUAAUCUCUGAGGUGCCUGGAGAUUUAGAGAUGAUGGGAAUCAGUCUCUGGGUUAAAGGACCACUAUAGUGCCAGGAAAACAUACUCGUUUUCCUGGCACUAUAGUGCCUUGAGGGUGCCCCCACCCUCAGGGACCCCCUCCCGCCCGGCUCUGGAAAAGGGAAAGGGGUAAAAACUUACCUUUUUCCAGCGCUGGGCGGAGAGCUCUCCUCCUUCUCUCCUCCUCCGUUCCUCCUCCUGGGCUGAAUGCGCACGCGCGGCAAGAGCUGCACGCGCAUUCAGCCAGUCACAUAGGAAAGCAUUCAUAAUGCUUUCCUAUGGACGCUGGCGUGCUCUCACUGUGAAAAUCACAGUGAGAAGCACGCAAGCGCCUCUAGCGGCUGUCAAUGAGACAGCCACUAGAGGAUUAGGGGGAAGGCUUAACCCAUUCAUAAACAUAGCAGUUUCUCUGAAACUACUAUGUUUAUGAAAAAAUGGGUUAACCCUAGCUGGACCUGGCACCCAGACGACUUCAUUAAGCUGAAGUGGUCUGGGUGCCUAGAGUGGUCCUUUAAGAAUGUGAUUAACAAAGAAAGCAUUUAGUCCUGACAUUUGUAGUUAUAAGUAGUAUCUCUGAAUUAACUAUUAUACUUUUGUUAACAAUAAUUGUGCUGUGUACUGACCCACUAGUUUAGUAGACUUGUUAUUAUAAUACAGAGAAUGUGUAGGCUUAUCUAUCAUAUCAACGUUACUUUCAACAUGUCAUAAAAUAUACAAAUGUAUUAUCAUUAACAUUCUGUUACCUAAAGGGACACUAUAGUUACCAGAACAACUACAGCUUAUUGUAUUUGUUCUGGUGCGCAUAAUCAGUCCCUUCAGGUGUUUUGCAGUAAACACUGUCUUUUCAGAGAAAAUGCAGUGUUUACAUUACAGCCUAGUAAUAAACCCAUUGGCCAGUCCUCAGAUGGCUAGUAGAGGUGCUUAUUGGGGCAGUGCUGCAAUAUUCAGUGUCUCCACCCACUGCAUGCAGACACUGAACAUUCCUCUUAGAGAUGUAUUGAUUCAAUAUAGGAAUACAUGUUUGUGUUCCUGAUCCUAUAGUGUUCCUUUAAUAUUUUAACACUGUUUUACACUUGUGUUUAAUUGAAUGCUGCAUUGUUAACAUAUUGCUUCUCCAUUUUAUUCCAGGUUAUAUUGCCCCCCGAGUAUCCUAUUUCUGCACCUCCUCUUUAUCAGUUAAAGUAGGUACUCCCCCCUCCCUCCCCACAGAAUUGUUGUCUCCUUUCCUUUUUCGCUAACCUGAUUUCAGGUUACUUUUCCAUCUUUUCUCUCCAGACUCACAUCGCUUCUCCUCCUUCCCCAAUAUAACAGGGCUCGUGCCCUUCUCCCUCUAUCACCAUAAAUCCGGUCACCCCCCCUGAAAGCCGUGUUUCAUUUUCUCACUUUCUAAAAAUUCUGGGGUUUUUUUUUGUCUGUCAACUCCAACUUUUUGCUCAAGUUUUCUUCUCUUCCUUAGUCAAAAUUAAAUGAAGAUAAGUAGAUUUCCUUCCCAUCUUCUUCAUUGUCUUUCUUUCGUUCCCAGAAAUCAGAUCUCCUUGCUUUUCUAUGGCUACUCUGUUCAUUUCUAUAGAUGAAUUGCUGCACACAAAUCACUCACACAGUGUGUAGGACCUUCUGUCCACAAGAUGCCUGGGACAAUCGGGAUGGUUGAGUUUGGAGGUGUUGAGGAUCUUGCUGCCAUUUGGAAGUUACUACUAUAUUAACUCCCACAAAAAAAGUCUAAUAUGUCUUGGCCUAAAUAUUUCACUGCUUAUACCGUUUUAUUCUGAGUGCUAAACAUGUAAGCUUCUGUUUUUUUAUUUUAUAUUAAUCAAUAUAUUUCUUCUUUAACAUAUGCUAACCAUUUGUAAUUAAAAAGAAUGACUACAGUAACUGUACUGUGCAUAAUAUUGGGUCAAUUUGUGCUUUGUAUUUUCAGUGCUCCAUGGCUAAGAGGUCAAGAUCGUACCAUCUUAUCAGAUAGUCUGGAAGAACUCUAUUUGUAAGUGCGCAAUAUGAUAUAUUUUUAAAUUUUAGUAAACAUUCUGUGACAUUUUAUAAUAAAUGUCUUGUGUUUUUAGACCGAGUUUUCCCAACCAGACCCUUGCAGUUCAAGAAAAUAUAUAUUUGUAUUCGUGGCGCUACAAAGAUACCACAUUAUUAAUAAAACACAUUAAGUGUCAGGUUUAUUUGCUAAUUUAAGAAUUAAAGUCUAGAAAAGUUGCACUUAUCCCCUAGAGAAGGGGUUCCCAAUGAAUUUUUCCAGUGGAACCCUUUGACAUAAUGUAUCAACAUCGUGAAGUCCCCCUCACCCCCAAAUCAAAUUAUGUGUGUGUAUCUGUGUUUGUAUGUGCCACUCUGUGUGUCAAGGUAUAUCUGUGUGUGUGUUUGUGUAUGUAUCUGACACACAGAUAUACACACACACACUGGCACAUAGUGGCACAUAGAUACACACACUCAGAUACACACACUCAGAUACACACAUGCAAACACACUGACAUACACACAUACUGACAUACACACACACACACUCAGAUACACUGACACACAUACACUCACUGACAAACACACAUACUCUUUGACAGACACACAUACAAACACACAUACACAUAUACACUCUCACUGACGAACACACAUAACAUUUUUUAUUUUACUCCACCCAGCCUCCCUACCUUUGGGAGUGCUGGCAUGUAGUCUAUGUCCCUGUGGCCCAGUGGGGCUGCUGGGCUAGGCGUGCUGUCCAUGAGGGUCUCGUGGGGCUGCUGAGCGGCUGGGCGUGCGGUCCCUGUCGUUCAGUGGGGCUGCUGAGCAUCUGGACAUGCGGUCCCUGUGGUCUAGUGUGGCUGCUGGCGUGUGGACAUACAGUGCGGGCGGCGAGAGAGCAGUGAUCUUCCUGCUCAGCUCCCUCGAGCGCCUCUUAGUGAUGCCAGAACCAGAGUGACGUUAUAUUCCGGCUCCGGCAUCACUGCUGUGCGCGUGAGAGCGCUGAGCAGGGAGAAGUGCUUUCUCACCGCCAUUUUGUUGGCCCUAGAGGGUUGCAUUUAUAUCGCUUGUUGUAUGUUAUUAAAUGUAUUUUAGCAUGCUGUCUAUAUGUCAUUAGAAGAGCCUUCUACAUUCUUUGAGUUAGAUUCUGAGAAUCUGUGAAUUUUCAGACCUGCAUGAUUUUUGAACAUUUUACACAGUGGAUGGCAACCUUGGCCCUCCAGCAGUCAUUUGGUCACACUACCCAUCGUGUUUGCCUGAUUAUAGCUGCUAGAGAAUAUUAGGAACUGUAGGCUUAGUUGUCCAAUGGGAUAUGCAGUCUUUCUUGGGCGAAAAGUAAUUGGGAAGUUUGGAAAAGUACAAGGUAUUAAUUUCUGGAUUCCCCCUCCUCCCUCAAUACCUGCAAUUCUGCAAUGUACCAGCAGAUGGCAUCAGAUGGUAUAAUUUCUGACUGAAUAGACAUUUUCUCAUUUUAUUUAUUUCAAAAUGGCUAAACUUACCAGUGUAUUUUUUGAAUUGGUUGCCAUUUGUUUAAAAUGUUUAAGAACAGUAUAUUCAUGCUUGUGGUUUCUGACUAAUGAAACACGAGAUAUACUCGGGAAAUUAAAGCUGCUUACAAUCAACUAUUGUAACAUCAGCAUCUAUUAUACAGCAGAAUUUCUUAAAAAACCCAAGGUAUAAUCAAAAAAUUAAAGCUGCUUACUUUCAACCAUUCUAACCUCAGCAUCAUACUAUCGCGUGCUAUUUUUUCAGUCGAAUUUCUUUUACAUGCUAUUGUAAAAAUAAAAAUACACAAAUAUACUUCCUCUUUGCUUCUAGCGUGCAACACAACCCACAAAUGAUUUGGAAGCAAAUCUGUUUAUGAUGUCUGCGUUACAUUCUAAAUUGGAUAAAAGAUUAUAAACACUAAAAAAAAAUCCAAAAAAAAAAUCCCUUUUUCUAUUAAAGGAUUACUUUUUUUUAAGCACCAUAAUGACUACACACAUUUUUUUUUAUUAUUAUAGUGCCGGUAGUGCCAGAGCCAGUAGUGUUGUCAAACCAUUUCCAAACUGUUUGACACUUACCUGGCUCUGUAGAGCACAUAUUAUACUUCUGGUCUGCACUGAAAUGCUAAAAGGGGGACAAAAGUAUAAAUAUUAUGUUCUUCUAUUCUUAGUGGCAUUACUUGCCGUCUUUGUUUUUACUCUGCAUCUCCCACCCCCCCCCAUUUUUUUUUUUAAAUUUACAUUAGAUAAUGCAGUGCCAAGACCCAGUGCUUGAAGCCGUUCUGCCUACCGCUUCCUUUUCAUGCCUGCUAACAUCUUUCUAACUUCUUGUCCAAUCAAAUGCUUCUCCUAGAGAACCAUCAUGAACAAGGAGCACAUUUCUAGCCUGUGACUGGGAAUUUAUGAAAAUAGGUCUUCUAGCCUCAAUCAAUUCUACGUCCAUUUUUUCUCUCUCCCAUCUCUUUGUGGCUGGGUGUACUUCCCUUUACAAAGAUCUUUAGUAUUAUUGCCAGGAAAGCUAAACAUAAGGGGGUUCUGUGUAAAAAAAAAAAAAACAAUAAAAAACUGUAUGUUCCUAAAAUUGCUGCGGAUAUGGAAACGUCAUCAAAGCAUUGUGUCUGCUCCAUGGUGAAUGUCCUGCUGUUGAAAGGUUGGGGCAUUUUUCAGCACACACCUUUUAUACAUAACAAUUAAGGGUUAGCUUUCAGCAAGCUAUUUUAUGUUUGUUACAUUUCUAAUCUUUCUUUUGUUGGCUUUGUAGGCAAAAUAUUGGGGAGAACAUCCUUUAUCUAUGGGUAGAGAAGGUUAGAGAAUUCCUGGUGGAAAAGUCUCAGACAUCUGACGCAGCUGAUCAAGGUUGUGGCAAAGUAUAAUUGCUUGACCUACUGGUUAUGAUUUCAAUGUUUGUGCACAAUGUUCCGCUGAAAUGUUUCAUUGACAAUGGUUUUCUUUAGGUAAUCUAUUGAUAAGUGUAACUUUACACAUAAGGAAACACACUACUCUUUUGUAGAGAGGAUUACCGUUCUAAAUUGAACUUAUAAGUGAAUAAUUAAAAAGAAGGUAAUUAAAUUGAAUAACGGUUCUAAAUGGAGGCCUAUCUUAAAGGCACACUCUAGUCACCAUAACAACUACAACUUAAUGUAGUUGUUCUGGUGUUUAUAGUUUGUCCCCUCGGGCUUUUUAAUGUAAACACUGCCUUAUCAGACGAUCACUGAGAUGGCACAGUGCUGAUCAUUCCCCAUCUCUAUGAGGUGAUGCUGAUUGACGCCAAGGAGGUGAAGCCAGUCACGGCGGACCCAGGGAGUGCUGGAAUAAAUGUAAGUUUAAUACCUUGUUAAAGAGAGCCAAGGGGGGCCAUUGCCUAAAAUACAUGUUUGUAUUCCCGACACUAUAGGGUUCCUUUAAAUCACAACCUGUUAUUGCAUACCUGGGAUAUAUAAUUUCUUGUAAUGCAUUCACAUUAUGCAACCAUUUCUUAUCUACUAUAUAUUGGGUCUCAAAAUCAUAAAGGGCGCUUCCAAGCACCAUAUAAUUGUAGAUUAUACUAGCUUUAGUGUAACUAUAAUCUUAAUUUUAUUAAUGACAGGAGGCGAAUAUUUGCUUAAGUCUCUCUUUACUAGAACUCCACAGCAGCACAUUAACAUAAAAACACCAGAGACAAAAAAAUCAGGAAUCUAUAAAAGGCUUCUCCCAACUAACUAUUUCCUCUUUCACGCUGCGACAAAUAAAGUACAUGAACAAUACACCACAAAUACAAUAACAGGAGAAACAAACAUAACAUAACAAUGAAUUCCAUCCGAAAUUGAAACCGUGGAACCAGUGGGUGAAGCCUUGACCUUUAUCCUGUAGAGUAGUCGGAUCUAAGAACUGUAGCCAAACCAUUAAACUGAAAUGUGAUAAACAGAGUCGAAACACUGAUUAGCGAAUUAAAUGUACUGAGAAAACCUGAAUCCCUAUCAUAAAAUACUGACGGUACCAUAUCCCAGAUAAACCCCAACUCCCCCAGAUAACCAACCUAGCCCAGGAGACCAGGUGAAUAAACAACAAGUCAGUCAAAACAACAAGGGGAGGGAGAAACUGUGAGGGAAAUAUUCGCCUCCUGUCAUUAAUAAAAUUAAGAUUAUAGUUACACUAAAGCUAGUAUAAUCUACAAUUUUAUAGCCUGACAGGAGCCUUCAUAUUUGCUGUUUUAACGCUCGGACAGCAAAGAACAAAGAAACACGAUCCGCCGUACCAACCUACGUACGAUGUCUUGGAGAAAAACACCCGCCAUGUCGGUACCUGAAGUCGCCGUGUUACGGACUGAAGUGAACCGAAAAAACCUAUACGCCCCGCCAAUGCCAACCACAACCAAGCGGUACAUGAAGGGCGGGAAAAAGGGAAAAAAACAUAUAAACAAACGGUGACGUCGAACACCGCCUAAAGGUGGGAGCGCUACCAAAGUAAGAAUAUGACCCUCGGAUCCGACUAAGGCUGAUAGACAAUUAAAGGUACGAACCGCUGAACCCAUCUGAAAGAAAAACAAGGUAUAAUAACGGAAAUAACUCCAGAAUCAGUGAAUGGGCAAAACCCGACAGAACCCACCAUAGGAGCAUGACAAAAACGCAUGUACCCCCUGGGGAGAUGAAUACCUGUCCUCAGGAAUCGUAAAGGGAAUUCUAAGCAGAGCGAGGCCCGCUGACAGUCGUACGCGCUACCUAAUCUAAUUAAUAUGGCAGUCCUCGGUAAUAAAGUGACCGAACAAUACCCAAACCCUGUAAAAGUGGUAGCAAAACUAGGAGAUCCUUACCUGACCCAACUACGUCAGGGUUGCCAUGCAGACCAAAGUCUCACAAUUCCCAAGAUCAAAUGAGCAAGGGUCCAGGAAAUCCAGGAACUAGGUUAGACUCUGCCGAAGCAGAGAUCAUAAUUCCAAAGUACCAGUAGACCGAGGCACCUGUAGAAAGGUCCUGAUACCAAACAAAUGGAGGAGACUCGUCCGCGUCUCCGUGUCGAACACUCCUGGAGGGAAGCGUCCAUCGCUGAGCAAACGGGUCCGUCAUCCAGCCAAACUGGUCGGGGCCUGAUGGGUCCUCCGUGGACUAAAGUCUUGACGCCGGGUCCUCCCAGAGAAACUUCCAUACGUACUCGAGCAGAGGAGAGCGUAGGAGGCACCCCCUUGCGUCCAAUCUGCCUUCCAGGACUCUACUCCUUGAGAUGUAGAGGAGGUCGAUAUUUCCCUGGUUGAAGACGAAAUCCAGGGACUCGAACAAGGGAAAUGCAGGGAGCAUCUGACUUUCGGUCUGGGAGGUACCUCGCAGGGGGCCUGGCAAGUCCGUCCAGGUAGACCGUACAGCAAGAUGUCCUAUAUCGAUGAAGAGUUGCGUCCGGAUCCCAACGCGUGGAAAACGAGAAAGAUCUCUUCAAAUAGUUCUGGAAUUCCUGAAUGUCCUCAAUUCCUCCCAACCAGGUUGUAUUGUCGCCCAAAUGACUGAUGCACAAGAUACCUAUCUCACCAGGGAGAAAAUAGAAGCUACCUUACCAGAACUGGGCCCAGCGGUCCCUAGACGUUUCUUGAGGGCCGCGUCUAAUUCAAAGUAACCAAUGAAUAAACGUUCAAUCGUAGACUCGUGCUGGGACUCCGAGGGGCUCAGAUUCCUUUAUCCCAAGCACCUCCAGCGGACCAAAUUGCGUUUAGGAUAGGGUCGUCUGCCACCCCAGACUCGGGCCCCGUCUGGGAUGUCAUCUGAAAGUGAAGGCAAGUGUGAAAUUCCGGGUCAAGGGUCCAAUCCCCUAUAAAAGGUACGGGUUGGAGCUGAGAUAAGCCUCCAUCAAGUAUUUCCAUGUAAAAAAGGACACAUAUACUUCCUCAUAUGUUCCGCUAGCACAACUCACUCGUGUAGCGGAAAACAAUCGGCUUGCCAGUGCGGACUUAAUAGUACAGGCACUGCAGUAGGCCGCACUCAGGAUCUCCUGAAUACUAGACAGGUGCUUAACCAGCAAAACCGCAGUGCCCCAUCGGAGUCUAAGUCUGGGUUUGCGGCUACUUAGUUCGGGAGCCCGGCUGGGAAUACCGCUCGAAUUAUCCUGCGGGCUUCUCAAGCCAGCGGUCUACGGGCCCAGAAAUGCACCGAUGGUGCUAGGUGAUUGGGCAGAGACCAUUCCAAAGAAACCAGGUGAGCAAUGGAUCGAGGGUCGAACAGGGGUUCGUUUAAGGCGAUCCACGAGACCUCUUCUUCCACGGUCGUUGGGGCCCCUGUAGUGGACUUUGUUCUACAUGUCAUGGUGCCACUAGGGGCCAUCAUCAUAAUCCACACCCCACAUUGUCCUCUCCUUCUGAGGGGAACCGGUCUGCCCGCCAUUCAGCUAGGGCGGCCAUGGUGGGGGAGUUACGGGGACCUUCACCCCUGCGCCACAUAGGCAGUGUCGUCUGACCGUCAAGGCUGAUCGUAUCAGGGCUAGACACUUCUCCGGAGUCUAAUCUUUCCGGGCGUCUGGUUCCGGGCCUUCACCCUACCCGUAGUGCUUAUGCGCCCUUGCUUGCUCUCCACUCGGAGAUUCUGACUCCUUCAAGUCAUCUUCCUUUUUAAGAAGGUGGUCACUGCCGCGUCCGGUGGUCAUUGCCUCACCUGCGCCAUAUAGGCAGGGCCGUCUGGCCGCUUGCAGAGGGGCUAGCCGCUCCUCGGAGUCUUAUCUUUCCGGAGGACCGCUUUCCGGCGGCUGCAAAUGGACGAAAAGUGAAGGGGGCAAAGCCACCCGGAAAAGGUAGAGGGAGGGAGGGAAAAAGGAAACCCUCACCCCCAAACCCGAGAAAAAACGAUCUCCAGACAGGGGGACCAAAACAGGAAAAUGCAGAAAAGUCAUAAGAGAAAAUUCAUCCCUACAGCAAAAAAGUAGGGACAGAAAAAUACAAUCUAAAUAAAUAAAUCAUAAUGGCAGUAGGAAGGUAAACACAUUCUAAACAAAUAAAUCCCUGCAGCCAUAAGAAGGUAGAUGCAGAAAAACAGAGUAAAUAAAUAAAUCAAUCAAGCAAUCCCUACAGCACUAAGUAGGUAGGUGUAGAAAAUACAGUAUAGCUAAAUAAAUCAAUCACUAGAGCACUAAGUAGGUAGAUGCAGAAAAUACAGUAUAGCUAAAUAAUACAGUAAUAAACAUAUAAAUACAGUAAAAUAUCCACAACCACCCAUAUAUAACAGGAGGCAGUGGUACUCUGACCUGUACUGUCUGCGGAGCAGCAAAGAAAGAGGAAAUAGUUGGGAGAAGCCUUUUAUAGAUUCCUGAUUUAUUUUUGUCUCUGGUGUUUUUAUCUCUAUGUUAAUGUGCUGCUGUGGAGUUCUAGUAGAGAGAGACUUAAGCAAAUAUGAAGCCUCCGGUCAUGCUAUAAAAUUUAGCAUUAUUGCUUUGCUUUGAUGGUGGUGCCAGAAGUUCCCUGCACACAAGAAUAAUUGUGAAUUGAGAAUAAUGUAGAGCUGUGGUGACUGGUAAAAGGCUAAUACAAAUUACAGAGUGGAAUUAUAAUUAAGCCUAAAUAUAUAUGUUAAAUGAUUUCUACUGCUUAAUUUCAUAUUUAUUGUGUUGAUUUAAAGUAGGAAAAUGAUGAUGAUAUUAGUACUAGACAUGUAAUAAUAGUUUCUCUUACAGGUACUAGUUUAAAGUCCACAACUGAGGAAAACUAUGUUGAUGACGACCAUGAAAUCCUACUUGGUGCUGAGUUAUCGUAUGGCUUGUUCCAGAAUUCAAUAGUUUCUGGAUACAUGAACGAUUCGGAAGGUAAUACAUUGUUUUCUUCAAGAUUUUGCUUCUGACUUACAGUAAAAUGUGUUUAAAUAAAACAAAACCGUACAGUGCUGUUUUCGUUGCCAAUAUCGUUUUAUAGUUAUAGGAUUGUGAUAACAAUAGCAAUGUCCACACAAGUCUUUUUUUCAACCUAUGUAACUAUGCAAGUAUAAAUACAUUUCCCAUGAUCCUUAGCCUUACUUAGUGCUCGUCUGCAGUGUCACAAUAAGCCACGAGUAGAAGGCAAUAGCUUUCUAAAGAACCUAUUCAACUGGGCUCAUAGAAUUUGGGUUACUAGGGGUUAAACAGACACUACUAUGCUGACAAGAGAAAUCAAGCCAAAGUGAAGUUAAAUUCUACGCUGCAAUAUUUAUAAAUAAUUUGUACGGCCUUCUUCACUGUAGAAUAAAUUGUUGGGAAUUGUCAAGAGAGUUGCAAAAUGCAGGCCCAAGUUUUCAGUUUGUCCAUUUUUUCCCUUUGCAUUUUAAGAUUCCCUUGUUAUGACACCCAAUACACCAAUUUUUACUUUUUGCGUGUGUCGAUAAUACUUGAUUUGUAUUUCUAUCCUUGUCCUGCUUGUAUUAUGUACAGGAUCAUUAACUGUUAUUUUACAAAAUACUUAUUCAUUGGAAGAACUAAAACCUUAACAUAACUUUCCAAAUCAACUUCUAAGCAUAUAUUCAGAAUUACCACUCAUUCAAGUUACACUAGAAAUAACGUUUACUUACUGCAAAAUACUGUUGCUUAUUUUUCCUAAUCCUCCUUUUUUUCUUCAACUAAUCCUACUUAAAGAGUAUUAAAGUACAUGUUAACUCACGACUUCUUCAUAGACAUUAAACAUAGGCUAUAGGACUUUACAUCCACUGCUUUUUAAUACUUACAUUUUUUCCAGCAACUAAAGAAGACAUACCUACAGUAGAACACGGGGAGCCCAUUAGUGAUCGAAGGAGUACUUUUCAGGCACACUUGGCUCAUGUGGUCAGCCCAUUGCAGGUUAGUGUAACAUAGUACGUAGCUAUACUUAAUAGCAAAUUCUACAUGGUAUCAUAAAGCAUCAUUAUCUAAUAUACUAUAAUUUUUUAUUUAUUUUUUUUAAGCACAGAAAAUCGUGACUUCAAAUAGUCUGGGACUAAAAUUCACUCCUGCUCGUUGAAUAAUACCUGACACAGUUUUUGGCAAUUAGUGUUUUAUUUUUUUUAUAUAUGCCAUAGAUCAUACCAUUUGUUAAUAUGUGGAGUGUAAAAUAGAUCACAGAUUAAUUCACCUACAGUUGACUUGAUAUCACUUUAUAUUACUAUUAAUUUCUAUUGUUAGUGAUAUGCCAGGGGAGGAACUGAGGAGAAGAAUCUCUGUCUUCCCAGGCCCUCAUUUGGCAUAUUAGUUUUGGAAUAAAGGAUGCUAAUGGGAGAAACUCCCACUAAUCAUGAGCAGACUGAAAAAGUAUGAAAAAAAGAGGAAAAAAAAUAUUUAAAAAUGCAGAUGCCCAAUAAAUAUAUUUGUUUGUUUUAUACGUUGUGUUUUUUUUUUUUUUUUUUUUACGCUGUCCAACAGUGCAGGUCAUGGCUUUACUUGGCUGCCAAGUUUUUAAUUGUCACUGCUGACCGACCUACAGUUCACAAAGUUCAAUACCCUCUGCGAGUAUUUGGGUAGCGGAAAUGCCAGCUUUUGUGACUAAAUCCCUCUGUAUUCCAGAGAUCAACCAGACAAUAAAACACAUUUUAUGUUUUAAACUAUUUUAAAUGCAAUGCACAGAAUUAAAGGACAUGAACUUCUGUGUGCCCUUUCUGUAACCUUUCUACUAUAUAUAUUGCAAUUACUAACGAAAAUAUGACAAUGCACAAGCCAUAUACCGUAAUGCCAGGGAUACAAUUGAUCUUUAGUCUAAAAUAAUUUAUCCUCUUAAGUAUAACAUCUAACUAUAGCCUCAAUGUCAUACUUUUAGAUACGCUUUUCAAAUGAUUUAAACAUUUUAAAUAAGCUUUUCAAAUGAUUUAAAAUUUUUAGAUAAGCUUUUCAAAUGAUUCAAUAUUUUUAGAUAAGCUUUUCAAAUGAUUCAAUAUUUUUGGAUAUACUUUUCAAAUGAUUUAUCCACUGAAGUCACCAUUAAAGCCUUUAAGAAGUUUUGUAGAUAAAUAAUUUGAAAGGUUUAUCUAAAAAUAUUAAAUCAAGGCCUAUAUUGCAGCUCAAUGACUGUAUCAAAAUGCCAUUUUCACUCAUUGCAUAAUCUAUUAAUCUAUGUCAAGCACUUUGCAUAAAUUCAUCGUACAACUAACCUUUGCAACACUCUGUUUAUGAUCCAUUGUGUACAAGUUUUUUUUCACGUUUUUGAAAAGUACCUUAACUUGAUUUUCAUGUUUUUUUUUUGUUUUGUUUUUUAUAAUUUGUUUUAUUGAAUCUUUGGCAAAUUGCUGCUAUUCGGAUCAGUUUUCUUAUUACUUUGUUAAAUAUGUGUACUGUAUACUGGAACAGCUACAUCUAGUGGCCAUCUUUUAGUACAGCUUGAACUACUUUAUUACAUUACAGGCAAUGAACUAAAUUGAUACUUAUUGCUGCAAUUUGCAACUAAUACUGCUAAUGUAGCUUGUCUGCAUCUCAUGUUUUGAUUGAUUUCAAUUAGCAAAUGGCUGCUGUUUCUAGUAAUUGAUUUAGGAUAAUUGAGGGAAGUUGUAGUGCCACUUUCUACAAUAAUUGUCAAUACUUAUUUAGUGAAAAAUGAUGCUUAAAAUGUACCAUUUGGGCACUCAUAUUUAUUAUUUAUAAGCAUUUCUUAACUGGUUGGAAUCAGACUGAUCAUGAAUUGAACCAACUACACUAUAUUUAAUCAUUUUCUGUAUUCAUUUAGUAUUUUUUCCAUGUCUUUUUUUGGUUUUGUUUUAUUGCCUGAAUUUAUGUAGUUUCACUAAUUUUAGGGUAACAAUAAUAAACAUUACAUUUUAAUCUUUACCAUUUUCACCAUCUCCAAAUUUUUGUUUGCUCUUUUUUGGAGGGCAUAAACCCGUUGGUCCUGUGGUAGACCUUCCACUUAACUCCUUAGUUUGACAUACAGUGUUAGACAAGAUCAGUUGGUGCUGUACAAAGAAAGGAACAGACAAUGUAAAGUAAGCUGAUGGAAAAUAAGGGGGAGGAGAGUGAGUUUAUCAACUGUAUGGGUUAAUAUUAGUGGCAGAGAUGUGCUAUGGUAGACAUGUAGAGUCAUAGUAAGAUUGGAAGAUGAUAAUAGAAUGGAUGGAAAUGUGGUGAAACAGAAGAGGAUACCUGGAAGAGCAGACUUGUUAGAAAAACUGGGAAUCAGAGGACUGGGAAUGUGGCGACAUGAAGAAUAGAUCUGAAUUAUUAAAAUUUUAGAGGGAAUUGUGGUGUACCAUUCUCUUUCAUCUAUAGAUAGGAAUUUUAUUAUACAUGAUGGUUUUGGCCCUGGUUCAAUAUCUCUCAACUUUCAGUCCCAUUCUUUUCAAAUAUAUCAAUACAUUUUUAUUCAAUAAAGUUAGGACAAAGAAAUUUCAUUGCCAGUCUUCAUAUAUUUGAGCAAUUUUGCAUGUUACCAACUCAAUAAUACGCGAAUGAAAACUUUUCAUAAUUUCUUCCCUAUUGGACGUAGUUUAGUUGUGGAGGUAGCACUAGUUUACACAUAAUCAUAAAAAUAAUGUCUUAUUAAAAAUAACGAACCAUUUAGAUAUCGGAUCUACCUGCAGGUUGAUCUGCCUUCCAUGAUAUCACUCUUUCUCACUGCAGGGGGAGAAAUAUCUCAGAGGUAGGGCUGAAGGAGAAAUAUCACAGAGGUAGGAGUCCAUGCCACUAUUGUUCAUCCGUAGCCAGUAUUCUAUGGGUGCUGGAUAUAGGAUAGAUUUUAUGUAUAUAUUUAACAUUAGCAGGCAGGAAGUCUUAUUCUGGGUUAGCUAAUAAUGUUACGUACACCUCCAGCAACAACACUACAAAUCUGUGCAUGUGCAGCAUUUCAUGCUGAAAUGCUGUACAUGCAGGCUCCUUGCACUAUGACCACUUCAAUACACAGAAAAUGGUCAUGGUGCUUCGAAUAACAUUUUAACUCUAUUUUCAACCCUCAGCCCAAGGGAUGAAGGUAUGGACCUAUUACAGGUGAUACUCGAAAAAUUAGAAUAUCGUGCAAAAGCUAAUUUAUUUCAGUAACGUAAAAGGGGAAACUAAUAUAUGAGAUAGACGCAUUACAUGCAAAGCAAGAUAGUUUAAACCGUGAUUUGUCAUAAGUGCAAUAAUUAUGGCUUACAGCUCAUGAAAACCCCAAAUCCACAAUCUCAGUAAAUUAGAAUAUUGUGAAAAGGUGCAAUAUUCUAGGCUCACAGUGUCCCACUCUUAUCAGCUAAGUAAGCCAUAACACCUUCAAAGGGUUUCUGAGUCUUUAAAUGGUCUCUCAGUCUGGUUCAGUAGGAAUCACAAUCAUGGGGAAGACUGCUGAUCUGACAGUUGUGCAGAAAACCAUCAAUGACACCCUCCAUAAGGAGGGAAAGCCUCAAAAGGUAAUUGUGAAGGAAGUUGGAUGUUCCCAAAGUGCUGUAUCGAAGCACAUUUAUAGAAAGUUAUGUGGGAGGGAAAAGUGUGGAAGAAAAAGGUGCACAAGCAGCAGGGAUGACCGCACCCUGGAGAGGAUUGUCAGGAAAAGGACAUUCAAAUGUGUUGGGGACUUUCACAAGGAGUGGACUGAGGCUGGAGUCAGUGCAUCAAGAGCCACCAUACACAGACGGAUCCUGGACAUGGGCUUCAGAUGUCGUAUUCCUCUUGUGAAGCCGCUCCUGAACAACAAAAAAUGUCAGAAGCGUCUUACCUGGGCUAGAGAAAAACAGACCAGGUAUGUUGCUAAUUGGUCCAAAGUCCUCUUUUCUGAUGAGAGCAACUUUUGCAUCUCAUUUGGAAACUAAGGACCCAGAGUCUGGAGGAAGAAUGGAGAGGCACACACUGCAAGAUGCUUGAAGUCCAAUGUGAAGUUUCCACAGUCUGUGUUGAUUUGGGGAGCCAUGUCAUCUGCUGGUGUUGGUCCACUGUGCUUCAUUAAGUCCAGGGUCAAUGCCGCCGUCUACCAGGAGAUUUUGGAGCACUUCAUGCUUCCAUCCGCAGAUGAGCUUUAUGGGGAUGCUGACUUCAUUUUCAAGCAGGACUUGGCAGCUGCCCACACUACCAAAAGCACCAAAGCCUGGUUCAAUGACCAUGGGAUUACGGUGCUUGAUUGGCCAGCAAACUCGCCUGACCUGAACCCCAUAGAGAAGCUAUGGGGCAUUGCCAAGAGAAAGAUGAGACAUGAGACCGAACAAUGCAGAAGAAGCAUCCUGGUCUUCCAUAACACCUCCGCAAUGCCACAGGCUGAUAGCUUCCAUGCCACGUCGCAUUGAGGCAGUAAUUGCUGCAAAAAGGGGCCCAAACCAAGUACUGAGUCCAUAUGCAUGCCUUUACUUUUCAGAGGUCCGAUAUUGUUCUGUGUAUACUCCUUGUUUUAUUGAUUGCAUGUAAUAUUCUAAUUUACUGAGAUUGUGAAUUUGGGGUUUUCAUGAGCUGUAAGCCAUAAUCAUCGCACUUAUUACAAAUCACGGCUUGAACUAUCUUGCUUUGCAUGUAAUGCGUCUAUCUCAUAUAUUAGUUUCCUCUUUUACAUUGCAUUACUGAAAUAAAUGAACUUUUGCACAAUAUUCUAAUUUUUCGAGUAUCACCUGUAUUUUUUAGCCCUCACCUGCUACUUUUGUGAGAUAGAGGAGAGACCACCCUCAAAUGAUAGGUUAUGGAAUGAAUGUCCAAAUGAACCAAUAAUAAAUUGCAUGGAUGUAUUAUGUGUGUAUAUGUAUGUUAUGUGUGCUAGUUUAGUCUAUGUGUGCUAGUUUAGUCCAGCUCUGCCCUGAGGUGUGUGUGUAUGGCUAAUUAUGAAUAUUGUUGUGACUAAUCAGGUGUGUGUUUUUAGUGAAAAUCGAGAUGGAAACCAGAUGAGCUCAGGUAAUUGCAGAUUGUCUGCACAGACAAUGAUGCAAUGUAUAGGCUAUGAAGCGGAAAACUAGUAGAUUUUAUUGGAACACCCAGAGAGUGACAGAAGUGUAGUGCCUUAUGCAAGUGAGGAAUUAAAGGAAAGCUCAAAUGGGAUUUUUAAUUUUUUUUUUAACAACAUUUUAGUAAAUAUACACCCAAUGAAAAUAUGUCUUGAUAUACGUUUACUGCUGCAUUUUUUAAUUGGGCGUAAAUAAAAAAAAUCAGCUUGCAAAAGUUGCAGAUAUGCUGACUGCAGCAUUUGCAAGCCCUCCCGUUCUAACCAAGUCUAGUCUUUAUGUGGCUGUCCAAUCACAGUCUUCCCAAUGUAGCUCAUUAAGAAGGUGCUAUGGACUCCCUUGAGUUUAGCUCCACUGAGCUAAUAAACCAAAGAGUUACAGGACUAUUUAUGCGAUUGACACCCAGUGGGAUGUAAUAAGGUUAAUUUAUACAUGUGCUAAUUUCUAUUUAAACUUGUAUUUUUUAUAAAAUGAAAAAAGAAGACACGCUCUUCACACAUAAAGCACUUCUGCAAGUGUCUGGAGGGUUUCUCAAAGCAUAGAACCUUUCCCCAAAUACUUUUGUCCUACAUAUUUAUACACCUGUACAGCUGCUACAUUUACCUGACAGUUAUUGAUCCACAGAGUUCUACUGUACCCUUAGUAGGCUAUUACUGCUAACAAUGCGACUGUGAUGUAUUAAAUCAUUUUUUUUUUUUUUUAACUUUCUCGUUAACCUGCUAUCCUUUCCUUAGGUUAAAGCAGUGCUGAAUAAAUUGUAUGAGAAUAAAAAGAUUGCUGCUGCCACUCACAACAUUUAUGCAUAUAGGUGGGUAUUGUACUGAAAUUUACAAAAACAUUGUAUAGGAACUGCUUCAAAAGUCUUGCUUUCAAUCUAUGAUACACAAAUGUGCAGACGGUCUGUUUUUCUUGGAAUGCAGUAAGGUUUUUUUGUUUCCCCCUCUCUCUAAGUUAUAGGGAUACUAUAAGCCCCAAAAUAACAUUGGCUUAAUGAAGCCGUUUUGGUGUAUAGAUCAAUCUCACUGGUCAUUUACCUGCCACUUAGUAGUUAAAUAGCUAUUAUUUCAGUUUAUGCACCCCUAGAAACAUCUCCCCUGGCUGUAACUCCCAAAGUCUACAUGAGAAAAUAGUUAAAUUUUCAAUCUGAUAUUACAGCACAGAAAUUCUAUAUUCAACAGACUGUGCUAUACAGAAAGUUUCAAAAUGAUCUCUCUCUUUACAGAAAGUGUUUAGGAAGGCUACAUAAGUCACAGCCAGGGGAGGCGUGGCUUAGGUCUGCAUUAACAAAGGGGGCCAACUCUUAAAGGGCAGAGAACAAAGCAGUGAGACUGCAGGGGUAUGAUCUAUAUACCAAAACUGUUUCAUUAACCACUUAAAGACCACAUGACGGUCAUGCAGUAACGGUACCAGCAGGGUUUAAAUCCCUGCUGCUACCAAGGAACCACAGGUAUCUUUUGAUACCUGAGGUUUCCCCCCGAGUGUUAGCUGGACCCACAAUUAGUGGCCACAGACUGACAGAUGAGCUAUGAGCAGCACUCAAAGUGAGCACUGCGCAUAACCUUUUAAAUCCUUUUAAAUAACGCACCUAACACUGUCAACAGGCUGCCACAUUAAAAAUAAGGCGACCCCCAGGUAUCUUUUGAUAUAUUGAUAUUAAUACACACACUAUAUGGAUCUGAUUCAGACAAGAUUAGGAAGGUAUAAAAAGUGUUACUGCAACAAAGUAUAAAUUUGUUUGUAUGUUUGAAAUGAUUACACCCAAGAAAAAGCCAAUGCAAAACCAUUGUAUGCUACAAAAAGUGAACCAAAAGUUUUCUUUUUCCUUAACUAUGUGUUUAAUGUACUUAGUAAUGCUGAGCUGUGACACGAACAUAAUGUUCUACAAAUAGCAAUUUUAAACAAGCAUCGCCCAUAAUCUUUUGUUAAUUAAGCAGUGCAUUUAGACCAAAAUCUCACAAAUAAAUUACAUAAGAAAAUGUUUUAUUUGUUGCUUGUACUUCUCUUUGAAGAAUCCGUAACACUGCACAACUAUGAUUUAUAGGUGGGUUCCAGGCCUUAAUGCUUACUCCUUAUGGUGUGUACUUUCUGUAGGAUACACUCUAAGAAAACAAAUACAUUUAUACAAGACUGCGAAGAUGAUGGAGAAACCGCAGCAGGAAAAAGACUUCUUCAUCUUAUGCAGGUAAUGUUAAUACUUAAAUUGUAUAACUACCUGUAAGAUCAAUUAUAUUGAAAGUUAUGUUCCAAAAAUAUUUAUUUAAUUUUGCACAUUCAUGAGGAAUUCUCACCUUGACAGAAACUUAUUCAAAAACUGCAGCACAUAGCAGAGGAGAGGUUUUACUUUUUCCCAAAAAAAGGACAAAAGCAUUCACUUAUAUACAAUGAUGUAAAUGGGAGGAACAUGUAACAUUACAGCCUGUAAAUAAUCUAUUACUGCUCAAGUACUGUUGCAAUGGUAAAGCAAUUGUGACAUGUGGCAAGAUUCAGACCUAUGCUCCAGCCACAAUGUUAUUCUCUGUGGUUCUCGAUUUGGAAAAAAUACUUAUGUAAUUUUUCAUUAAAGCAUCAUAAUGCCUGUGCUUACCCACAGAUCUUGGAUGCCCGUGAUGUCAUGGUAGUGGUAUCACGCUGGUAUGGAGGUAUCCUUCUUGGACCUGAUCGAUUCAAACAUAUCAACAACUGCGCUAGAAACAUUCUGGUGGAGCACAACUACACUAAUACUAUGGUAUGCUUUGAUGAUUUGGAUGAAUGUUUCCAUUUGUUUAUAUGCAUUUAUUUUCUCUACUCAGGCUGUUAUGAGAUACCAUACAUUUUUGACCAAGGCCUUUUUUGCCACUUUUACUAUGUGUUCAUUCCACUGUAUGAUAAUGCUUUUUGCACCGCUACAUAAUAUUUGUGGUCGUAUACAAUAAGCUGAGUUAUAGAAAUGGUGGUGUAAGUCAGUUUUGGUGUGCUGGAACCGACGUUCAGGUAAGGCCUGUAAAAGAGAGCAAAAAGUUUAACAAUAUACAUACAUACUCCUCUUGAGUAGGAGUUCAGUAUAAAUCUGUAAUAGUACAAAAAUGCAAGACAAUAGUGCAGUAUUGCUGGAACAAAUCAAAUAUGAUAUUUGAACGUUAGGAGUAUCACUCAAAAGUCAUGAGCCAUUUAUCACAUAUGGAUUGGAUGGUAAGCGCCUAUGGACACUUUAAGGAUGUCCGAUUCCUUUUCGCUCUGGUUCUCUUUCUGGGGCUCUCAUCCCCUGACACACAGGAUGCUCAGGAUACCAGAAGUAUAUACACAGGAUACCAGGAGUAUAUUCCAAAAGGUGCUGCAAGGAAAAGAGCAGAGGAAUGAGACCACUGGGCUCCUGACUUGUGAGUGAUACUCCUAACAUUCAAACAUCAUAUUUGUUUUGUUCCAGCAACAUUGCACUAUUGUCUUGCAUUUUUGUACUAUUACAGAUUUAUACGGAUUUCCUACUCAAGAGCUCUACCUUAUGUAUGUAUGUUGUUCGUAUUUGAAAUAUGUCCAGUACGGUGUAAGGGCUUAUUGAGGUAAGGAUAUAAAGUACCUGUAUUGUGGUUAAGGAUUAAAACAUUAACAGGAUGAUAAUUAGGGAUAGUAGAAACCUAGAUAAUAAUAGAACUUAUGAUUGUCAAUAUGGAUAUGAAAGAGAUACCUAGUAGUGCUGUGUCUAAUAAUGAGUUCCCACUGUGCGGCCUUCCACAAGAAGGACCUGAAGUAUGUAUGAGAAAGAUCGGAACAUCUCUGGUUUACUAAUGGGAAGGAACAUAUGUAAGAUCUAGUAAGUGCCUGUGACAGGAGUUGUGGAUUAUACAAGGCUUAGGUAAAACCGUGACAGACCGAGGAGGCCUGAAUAUGGUUAAAUGUGUAAUGAGGAGUUCUUGGUUCUCAGGAGUGCAGAGGGUCGUAAAUGAAGGAAUUGCAUGGGCAGAACAAGGCUGAGAGGAAUAGUGAACUGUAAUUGACCCUUGUAAAGCUGGAAAUGUUGUAUGUAAUUUCCCAAAUGUGUGGCAGAAAUUGUGUCAUAGUAGAUUGCCCACAAAGGGCCGUAUGUAAUAUAUGGAGGGAAGGCCCAGUGAGGUAUUGCAGCGGAAGGCAAAUAUUACCAAAUGUAGGUCUCGAGCUGCUGGGUGUAUAAUAAAGUGUAUGUAAAGUAAUGAUUAUGGUAUGAAGAAAUGUAGGUUAAUUGUCCCAAAGUUGUAGACAUGGAUUGUGAAUUGCGUAUGGACAGUAGUGAUGCUCUGGUAUUCGAUCUGAUUUCAUUUAUUUUUAUUUUUAUAUGUAAAUGCAGUAUAAUAGGGAAAUAUAUAACCCCCGAGCAACAGGAAGGCCAAAAUUAAGUUGUAGCUGUAAGCCCACCUGGGACCGUAUGACGCUUAUGUAAGUGAAGGCCUAGUGAGAUCAGUGUGUUAAGGUAUAGGAGUAGAAUGCCAAGAGAGCUCAUUCUGAUUCAUGAGUAGCGGGGUAGCUAUUUAAGGGCAGUUUGAGAAUUAGCGGGUGUAUACAUUUAUAUGAUGUGGGUUGUUGAGCUGUGGAGCAGUUGCAAUUUACACAGUGAUGCAAAAUUGCAGACCUGCUCCAUAUCAUAACGUGUAUAUAAACAACUUGACUCGUGAGAGGCCUGAAAGGUAGGACUCUUAAUUAGAGAUAAUGACGAGACACUUGAGUAACAUGGCACUGAUCGUAGUAGGUUGCCCACUGAGGGCCAUAUGAAGCAUAUGUUGAAGGUCAUUCAAGGGCCUAAAAUAAACGUAUGUGUAAUGUUCUGCAUCUCUCACGGAGACUUAAUAAUUUCAGCUUUUCUUUUUCAUUAAAAGUUGUGCCUUUUUUUUUCUUAAUGAAAGGUUGUGCAUUUUUUGCAUGAAUUUUUUUUUUUUUUUAAUUCUCUACAUGUAUGCAGUUAUUGUCAGGAUCUUAUCCGAGGUGGGAGUCUGUAGUGCAGAUAUGUUUGCUCACCCUAGCAGAUAGACACAGUCCAAGGUGACCAGAUAAGAAGCCACCUGGACUGUUAAUCUGUGCAUGGGGGCUGUGCAGGAAAGGUGAUUCCAAUGCAGUACCAACAAGGACAAAAACAGCAGGAUAGUCAGGGGAUAGCCAAAGUCAAAGAAUGCCAGAGGUCAGAGUAAACAAAGUGUAGUCGAAGUCCAGGGAUGCCAGAGGCCAGAAUAAACUAAGUCAGAAGCCGGGGUCAAUAUGGAGUUUAAGUUCAAGAGACUGGAAUACAGGAACUGAACACACACACCAGGAUCAAAGACUUGAUAAAGUUCCCAGGCUGAGGCUAUGUUUAUAUACCAUGCUGAUGACUGAUCUGAGUCAGGUGAAGCACUUUCAAUGACCACAGAUGAAGUGCAGCCCCCCGUGCUGCAGACAUAGCCAGGAAUAAUAGGGCUAGAACAGCUCUAAACAAACGGAACUACUAUGGCUCAAAGGCAGAUAGCAGGCCUAGGCCCAGAACUGUGAAUGCCUACCUAGUUAGUGAAAGGCUGAACAUGGGGCGAAUACAUGUUGAAUGUCAGUUGCAGCGUGGCCCAACGCGUGCUGAAUGAACAAACUUAAGGUUUUGUUGUAAUAAAUGCGCAAACAGCAGCAGGAAAAGCCAUUGCUGGGCCAGACAGUGCAGUGCCCCAUGAGCUUUGAAGGAAGCGGCUGUUUUUUACUAGACUGAGGUAAAAUGAAUACUUGCUUGGCCCACAGUAGGCCAGAACAGCUUGUUUGGAGUUUAGGUAGUUUGUGUUGAUGACCUUUGAACCAGAAGUAAAUGGUUCUGUGCUGAACCAGGCAGUCUCAGCCCAGAGGAAUUGGAGGUCUGUGUAUUUAUAGGCUGGGUAACUCCUCCCACAACUACAGGCUGAGCCGUUCCCAUAUAUCAUUUAAGGACUGAUUGGAGUCUAAAACUUCUAUACAAAUGCUCUUUAAAUCCCCAAAUGCUAUUUAAUUAAGAGUAUUUUGAAACUUUUUUUGUUUAACUGUUUUAUCAGCAACCGCUUCCAAAACUGCAGGUUGGAUGUCACUUUUUGUGUUUUCGGUACACAAUUUAAUUUUGUGUGAAAUUUCACUGACCGUGUGUGCCCCUAUACUGUAAUGCACUAAGAUGUAUAUCCUGGUAGUGGCUUAUAUCCCACUAUAUUUUAAUACAUGCAGGGGCAUCCACUCAUAUGCAGCAUAUAUAUCAAAUAAUAGGGUGCUAUAGGUUACAAACCGCUUCCAUAUUAUUAUUAUUAUGACAUUUAUAGAGCGCAGUCAAAUUCCACAGGUACAAUCAAAAUUUUAUAGCAUAAAUCAAUCGCACACCUAUAGUAAAAUGUAUGAAAAUCACAAUCUUUAUUUAAUGACAAAAUAAUAAAACUCUCAUCGGGCCUGAGUUAAAGAUGCAUGCUGGAUAAUAUGCCAAAUGUAUCUGUAGAAUCUAAGAAUAAAAAUUUGCCUGUGUAUUAAGUUAAACUAUAUUUAACUCUUUGUAUAUUUUCAGGAAGAAUCGGCUAAACAUACUGGAAAGAACAAACACACAGCAAAAGAAAAUAAGAAGAGACCUGACAAAUGAUGUAUAAAAUGGACUAGAUAAUAAUGUCAAAGUAUAAAUGGAGCACAUUUGUCUAUUUCUGUGAUGCUAGUUAUGCUUAAACAUUUAUUUUAUAUAUACAUAUAUAUAUUUUUAAAGAAUUAUCCAGUCCUAUUCUCCUAGGGGCAUAUUAGCCUGAAUGAUCAUGCAUCAUGACAUGAGAAUUUAAGGGAUCACCACUGUGAUGGCAACAUGAUAUUAAAAUGACUACCUGGAAUUUUGUUUUUACUUUUUUACUAAUACAGUGUUUCAUUGAACUGGUUGCAUUUUGGCAAAUGAGAGAAACUAUGGAUAUCCUAUUUGAAAAAAAUUAAGCAUUUUUUUUUUUUGCCAUUCUAUGUUUUAUUGAGGCAAGAUAUUGGUUACAACAAUAAAAUGGGAGACGUGUAAUAAAGACAUAUUAGUAUAGCGUUCCAACAUACAAUGAUAGAUUCAAAUCAAGAGUAGGGAGCUUUGGGUAUGGGUUGUCAGCUUCUUUUUAUAAGACGUUUUAAAGCAAAAUAGUAUAGAAGAUACACAGUCAAAUAUAAUUAACGUAGGAUCUACCAUAGUGGAAAUUGCAUCUCUAUAAUAUGUUAUGAGUUAUGAACCUAGCUAUGAAAUGUUGAUGAGUAGAGAAUGUGAGCUGCCUCUGUAGACAUCAGCAAGGGUCAAAGGCAGGUAUGCCGAUUUACAUUUUUAUCAGAGGCUGGCACCCACUUUGUCGGGGAGAGAAUAACAAGGUAGUGCAGGCCAUUAGUGGGUUGAGGGGUGAAGAAUAUGCAGGAUUGUAAGCCCCAUUCGCCAGCAGGUAGGGCUAAGCCGUGUAUUAAAAGGAGCAUCUAUAGACCAUCUAUAUUCAUUAUUGAAAGAAACAUUAUUGAAAAAUAACACCAAAACAAAUUAAAAUAACAUAAGGCAUAAGAACUGUGUGAAGAGAUGCAGAGUUCAAGCUGGUCACUGUAUUGUUGCUGUCACAGGAUUUCAUUUCUGCGCGGCUGGAACACAUGGUUGGAUUUUAUCUGGAUCCAUGGAGAUCUGCUCUAGCUUUUUGUAUGGUGUAGUUCCCCAGGUUCAGUCUGCAGGCUGAGUUGCUGAAGGGUGCUUGCAAUUUCUGAUGCGUGUGAUUUUGCAGCCAAGAUCUUUGGUGUAUUUUUUUGUUCAGACAUUUAUACGAUUAUAAUUCUUCCAUCGUGUUCACAAUUAAAAAAAAAAAAUAACAUAAUUGUAAAUAAAAAAAUACAGAAUACAUGCUUCUAUCUUAGCUGUUCAUGCAAGAGUGUGACUAUCCCAG